AUGUUUCGAAGGAUUCUUAUUAUUUCUAUACAGUUUGCCGUAAUAUUCUCUAGAGACUUGAGUGAGAAUGAACGGGCUUCACGCGCGGCCUUUAUACAAAGACUUCUGAAUAAACAGAGAAAUUUAGAAGCAAGAGUUAAGCUCCUUGGAGGAUCGGAUACAUUUGAAGGUAAUGUGUACAUUUACCAUGCUGGACGAUGGGGUGCAAUAUGUGAUGACUCUUGGGACAAUGCUGCUGCUCAAGUGGUAUGUGGUGCUUUUAAUCGAACUGGUAUUGCUACACACGGUGGUCAGUUUGGAGAGGCUAUCGAAAAAUAUUGGAUGGAUGAUGUAGUGUGUGAAGGGAAUGAAAAAUAUUUAUCUCAAUGUACUUUUACUGGCUGGGGUAUAUCUGAUUGUGAACCAGGUGAAGCGGCUGGGGUUAUUUGUAACAAUAUUUUUGAGACUGUACCAGUUAAUAUUAAAAGAAAAUCAAAUAAACGUCUAGAUGAAGCUAUUGAUAUAAGAAGAGCCAGCUUAAGACUUGUUGGAGGUAGAAGUGUUAAUGAAGGCCGAAUCGAGAUUUACCAUAAUGGCAUUUGGGGAAGUAUAUGUCCAGACGGCUGGACACUCUAUGAAGCAUCUGUAAUUUGCCAUCACUUAGCCCUCGGGUUUGCCGAACAGGCAUUACAAACAGAUUAUUUUGGAAAUUCCAAGAUAAUAUUGAGCGGAGUACAAUGUGCAGGAAAUGAAACAAACCUUUUUAUGUGCAAACAUCAAGAUUUGGGAGAUGUCACUUGUCCUGGUGAACUUGAUCACGUGGCUGCUGUUGUAUGCACUCAGCAUCUAGCUGAUCUGUAUCUAGACACUUCAGCUAUCGAACAUACUGCUCAUCUUCAAGAUGUAGCGAUGUAUCAACUGCAAUGCGCGAUGGAAGAGAACUGUCUGAGCAAAUCUGCGUAUGAGAUUCAAAACACAAACCCUAACUGGCAGUUCGAAACCCGAAGAUUACUUCGCUUUACGGCGUCUUCAUUAAACAUUGGUAACGCUGAAUUCAGACCCUAUCUGCCAAAACAUUUGUGGCAGUGGCAUCUUUGCCAUAUGCAUUACCACAGUAUGGAAGUAUUCGCAACGUUUGAUGUUCUGGAUGCCAAUAAGAAGCGAGUGGCCGAAGGACAUAAGGCGUCAUUUUGCUUAGAAGACAACACUUGCCUCCCUGGCGUUGAAAGAAAGUUCUCGUGCAAGAAUUAUGGCGAUCAAGGAGUUUCUGUGAACUGUUCAGACGUGUACCAGUACAAUAUCGACUGCCAGUGGGUGGAUGUAACCGACGUAGCGCCUGGAGAUUAUACUUUCAAAGUUGCCAUCAAUCCUCAUGCGCGCGUCGCGGAAAAAACUUUUCACAAUAACGCCGCUUCGUGUCAUUUACGUCUUACUGAAUCUUUUGCUGCUGUGUAUGGGUGUAAACUUGAAAGACCUUAGUCAAUAUCUGUACAUUAAGCGUAUAUAAGUGACUCAUAGAAGCGAAAUUAAAAAUCAAGUUUUCAAAAUAAACAGAAUUGUCUUUUUCUUUACUUAAGCUCAUUCCAAUUAACGCCGAAGAGCCAAAGACGAUCAAUCUUUCUCCGUCUUACGUACUUUUUAGUUAAAUAUAAUAUAUUUUAAAUUGUAUAUUGUUAACUGUGUUGACAGUUUGGCGAAUUUGUAAAGUCAGAACAAAAUUUGUAAGUAUAUUAAUAAAUGAAUAAAAUAAAUAAAUAAAUAUAU